AUGGCUGAUCCUCUGCGGAGGACUUUACUAGCAAAACUACGGGGGAAGAAGUCCAAAAAAGGAGCGACGCUCAGCGGUGGAUACGGAUCUGCUGCUGCGGCGAAUGGGGGCCGAGAAGGUAAAGAAAAAGUUUUCCCCGAGGAGCCUCGGCCGGUCGUUUUGCUCACAGGGCUGGACUUCACGGCAGAGAGAAUGAGCGCGUACGAGAAUUAUGUAGACGGAGCGCUGGUGCAAACAGAGGGGGCCACAACAGUCCCAGAGAGUCGCGCAGCGGAGGUGGCUGGCUCACGUCCCCGGGAGCCGAGCAGCGGGGGCAGGGUUCACGUUAAUGAGCGGCUCCUAGGGGCCCCACUUCAAAGAGACGCGCGGUUUGCUGGGGACGCGGUAGGAGGGGAGGACAGGAGGCUCCGGGAGCCCAGAUCUGCGGGGAUCUCUCUCGAAGGACCGCAUGUGCAGAUAAAACGCUUCGUUCCUGCGCCGAGGCAAUGCGGCUUCGGCGAUUCGAUCGGGUUCGGGGACAGCUCCGGUCAAGCGUUACACCGAGCGCACGUUCGGGCGCAGACGGGGGUCGUUAGAGCAGCCGUGGCUUGGGUUGCUGAUGGUGAGGGGGCAGAGACCAGGAGCCGGGGGUACUCCCGGCACAUGGCAGGGACUGUAGUAGCAAUUCACGCAAACAACACCUGGAAUUUUGACCGCCCCGCUCUGGAGGCAUACACUCAAACUUGCGUGCUUCCAAACUCUGAGGAAAACGUUUUAAUCAGAAGCAUUGAAAGUUAUGAGCCUGACUGUGUAAGGCCCAGUGGGGAGACCGCUGGAUGCCCUCAGAGCCCGACAGUUUUCCCCACUGACUUGCAGAUUUGUGAUGUCAAAAUGCAAACUCUGUGCACCACAGAGGGGUCACUGGGGUACCCCUUAGAUAGUGAAGAUGACGAUUACUAUGACAAUGAAAUUCUGCCCUUUUAUGAAGCAGUUAAACCAAAAAAUGUUGCUGGAGUGGAGGUUGCAGAGAUACAGGACAAAGGGCAGGGAGAUGAUGGUGAUAGCGCCCAGGAAACAGACAGGCUCAGAACACAGCUGCAAGAGGCCUAUUAUCUUCUCAUCAAUGCUAUGAAUGAUAUCAGCCUGGAUGUUCAGCAGAUUAGUGGUGGCUUAGCUGAGCAGCAAGCCACCUCUUCCUGUAGUAGUCAUUCAAGAGACAGCUUGUGCUCCAGGCUCUCUGUCAAAAACACCGACAGCGACUCCUGGUCCUCUGGAGGGAACCACAGUUCCCAGCAGCUUUCUGACACUGAAUCACUCCUGCUCUGCCUUACUGGAAACCUGGAGUCAAAGGCAAAGCUGAUCAGUAAAAGCACGUCCAGCUUGUCAAUGACCAAAAGACCAACAUUAGUCCGGUCUGCCAGUGAUGGAGUUAUUAGGUAUCAAGGCCUACCUUCAUCUUGUACUCAGGCAACCAAACGGGAAAGUGCAGAAGUCCAUCAUGAUAAAGAAGCUUUGGAGUUAAAUAAACAUGAAGAGGCUGAAGUCUCAAGAGCAGGUGAGCUAUCUGAACCAGAGGUGCUUUGCAACACCAUCAGCAGCGACGAACUGCUGCAAAAUGUUGGAGUCGAGGAGGAACAUGGUGGACGGCUGAAUGAGAGCAGCGGUUCGGUCAACAGCCUCACAGGUUCUACAGACAGCAACGGCGAAGCAGCAAGUCAUUGGGGUCAGGAGGGCAAGCAAGAGCAGGCUGAAGUCCGGACACAGGUGGUCCAGUCGGUCAGCAAAGCCUACGGUGUUACUGUGAACAAGAUGCAAGAGUGGAUGCACAAGGGUCGUCUGCUGUCGUCUGAGAUGAAGCAGCGCAUUGAGGGUUCGUCUUUACCUCUCGGUGGAGGCCAGAGCCAGGAUUGGUCCUCCACUCAGGCUAACCUCGGAGGCUGCAAACCAGGGGUUCCGGGUGGAGGGACUAAAUCAGUCAAGGUUAAGUCGUCUACAGUCAAGUCUGCAAGACAGCAGCAGCAGCCAGCUUUCAUUGAGAAUUUCCAAACCCCAUGUGCUAACGGCAGAGAGGCCAGCAGACUGACCAACGAGCCUUCAUCAUGGAGCCCACAGCUCACCACCACCAUUACCGUGUCCAAAAAGCGCAACUGGCUGCAGCAGAGCUCCCAGCCAAAGAGUCACUGCACCAAGGAUGAGCUGCAAGGCAUGCUGGGAGCUGAGGAGAGCUGUCAGCUUCCUCCUGCUCCCAGCCCCUCGCCUGAAUUUGUGAGAUCCACAGGUGGAGCGCUGCCACGGCCAGUACGCCCACAGAUCCCUCAGGUGGUGGUUGGUCAAUGUAAGGUGUCUCCUCAUCCCCGGAGCGUGGACCCGUCGGAAGAGAAUGACGCAGAUGACGAGGGGGAGAUUUGGUACAACCCAAUCCCAGAGGACGAUGAACCGGAGACGUCUCGUCGGCCCUGCAUUCGGCUGGUCGUCCCACCGCAGGGCGGAGCGCAGAGGCGACCUGGCAGGGGAGCGGACGUGGCUCAGGUCGGCUGGACCUCGGAGGGUUCCAGCGGGCCGGAGGCGGUCAUGGAAGGUCCCGGAUGCGGUACAGGAGACUUGAGCUCGGGGAAUGCUGCACAUUCCACGGAGGCGCUACAUCUGCACAGACAGAUGCUCGCGUGCAAACCUCCAGAGGAGGGGGGGCCCUCCUCCAGCAGACCCACAGAUGUACUUGACCUGCCCAACGUUGUUAGCUUCUCUCCUCCCUCGAGCCCAAACCCAGCCAAGAAGAGCAGCUCCAUCAAUUGGUCCUUCCCAGAUAAGAUCAAGUCCCCACGAACAGUCAGGAAGAUUUCCAUGAAGAUGAAGAAGCUUCCCGAACUCAGCCGAAAGCUCAGCGUCAAAGGGACCCAAAACAGCAACACAAGUAGCAAUGGAAACUGUCAGCUAGAGCCAAGGGCCCAUUCUCUCCGGGCCACCGGCAGCGGGUCCGAGACCGUCACCCAGACUUCCGGUCCGCCUCGGUUAGCCCCAUCCGGAGGUGGGCCGGCGAGCCGCAACGUAAUCUCCCGCUACCACCUGGACAGCAGCGUUUCAACACAACACAGCUUCAACAAGAAGAAGAAUGACGGCAGCUCAAAGUCGGCCAGCAAAGGCGGCUACCUCAGCGACGGUGACUCACCGGAGCUGGUUGCCAAAUCUGGCAAACAUGGCUCUGCCGAGGGGAAGGGCGGAAAAGGCAAGGAUGCUGAGGGAGGAAGUUCUAGACUCAAUGGCACCGAGCUGGACAUUGAUGCUUUCCGCCAUUACAGCUUCACAGAUCAGCCUAAGUGCAGCCAGUACAUCUCUGGACUGAUGAGCCUCCAUUUUUAUGGUGCUGAGGACCUCAAACCUCCACGCAUCGACUCGCGAGAUGUUUACUGUGCAAUCCAGGUCGAUUCGGUUAACAAAGCACGAACCGCACUUCUUACCUGUCGAACAUCGUUCUUGGAUAUGGAUCACACCUUCAACAUUGAGCUGGAGAACGCCCAGCACCUCAAGCUGGUGGUGUUCAGUUGGGAACCCACGCCGAAACGGAACCGUGUCUGCUGCCACGGAACGGUGGUGCUGCCUGCACUCUUCAGAGUGACACGCACCCACCAGCUGGCGGUGAAGCUGGAGCCGCGGGGCCUGAUCUACGUCAAGCUGAACCUCAUGGAGCAGUGGCAGAACUCGCUGGACGGCGGGCCAGACGGAGACAGAGAGCCGCAGGUGUUUGGAGUGGAGGCGUGGCGGGUGGUGGAGAGGGAGAACACCGGGCUGAUGGUGCCACUCAUCAUAUACAAGUGCAUCAACGAGAUCGAGAGAAGAGGCUGCCAAGUGGUGGGUCUCUAUCGCCUGUGUGGCUCCGCAGCCGUAAAGAAGGAGCUGCGUGAGGCGUUCGAGAGAGACAGCCAAGGCGCGGAGCUGUGCGAAAGCAUGUUCCCUGACAUCAACGUUAUCACAGGAGUACUAAAGGACUACCUGCGUGAACUUCCCUACCCUUUAAUCACCAAGCAGCUGUAUGAGGCGGUGCUGGAGACCAUGGCCACCAGGCCCCUCAAGAUGGCCGCUGCGGGGUGCGAGAACGAUCCGGCAGACUCUGAGUACACCGUGAGCCUGCUGGAAAUCCUACCGGAGGUGGAGAGGAUGACUUUGCGGAAGCUUCUGGACCAUUUGAAGCGCGUGGCGUCCUACCAGGAAAUGAACAAGAUGACAUGUCAGAACCUGGCGGUGUGUUUUGGCCCAGUGCUGCUCAGCCAGCGUCAGGAGGCGUCGUGCCACACCAACCGCGUCUUCAUCGACUCAGAGGAGCUCGCUAGCGCCCUGCACUUCAAAAAGCACAUUGAAGUCCUGCACUACCUGCUGCAGCUCUGGCCAGUUGUGGACCCAAAUGACCAAUCGUCUCUUCGGUUCCCUGCAGCCCCUCCUCUGAGACGCAGGAAAGAGCGCCCCCAGUUUUUAAACCUCAGCGAAGCAGAGAUGGCCGGUGUCCUGCGGCCCAAACCGGGACGUCUGGACAGUCCCAGCAACAGAUAUGCUGGCGACUGGAGCGGCUGUGGUGAAAGCUACUUCCCCUCUGAACUGCUGCUUCCUCCCAGUAAAGAAGAAGCAGACUACGACGAUGUGCCGUCUGAAGACACAGAGGCAGCCGAGGAAGCCCACGAGAAGGACGCAGCAGAGGAAGAUGACCAGGAGAGGGCCACAAGUCCUGCAUCUGAUCUCCGUGUGGAGGAAGAACCUCAAAGAGAGGAGUUUGUGAAAAAGGAUGAUAAUGGGGAAGAAGAGGAGGAGGAGAAAGAAAGCGAGAGCGACAGUUCAAACAGCACGCUGGCUUUUGAAGAGGAGGAGGCGGAGGAGAAAGUGUUUAACCACAUCCUGCCUAAAGAGCACACUUACCAGGCGUACAUGAAGAUCCAGGACAUCAGUCCCGUUCUGAGCAACAGGGUCAAUCUGAGAGACCUGCAGGAGAGCAUCGACACCCUAAUAGGAAACCUGGAACGAGAACUAAACAAGAACAAGCUCAACGUCGGAUACUGACUACUACGCAGGCACACACGCAUAUCCAUUUGUAGACCCAUAAACACAGACGUGGUUUGAGGAGGACCUACUGUACUGAUCAAGGUGCUUCGCAAACACCCACAGUGUUUCCGCAGGAAUCCUGUGGCUUGUGGUGCUGCUGUAAUAAGUUACAAGGUGAGAGGAGAAGAAAUGAAACGGGGCACUUCUAGAAUUUCUACCUUACCCACAGACAUUCCAUCAUUUUUUUUUUGUUUUAUUUUGUUUUGGUUUUUCAUGUGUCUUACAUCAUGUGGUUUGUUUUGGUUUGCAUUCUUUCCUGUUCCGUGUUCCAUGUUGUUAUUGUUGCUUUUCUUCUUAUUAGAAGAACCCAUUGACCCCUCAGGGUUUUAAAAGGUGCCUUAAUUGUGUGAAGGUGGUGCGUCAGGAGGAAAAUCCACCCUGAAAGAAAAUACGUUAUCUCCUGACAGCUUGAUUGUACAAACAAAAUAACAUCUUUGGAUAUUUUAAUCGUCCGUUCUACAAUUUUGGCAACGGACUACAGACUGGUCUUAAUUUCAAUAUCCAAAAAGUUUUGGUUUUAAUGAUUGAAGCAGAUAUUUUUUUUGACCUGAGAAAUAAUCUAACAAAAAAAAAAAAAAUGAAUUCACAUCUGUUUCAGAGCUGCUACCUGUUACUGCCUGUUUUUGAUUUGAGUGCUGAUUAAAACAAGCCAAGUUUUUAGGAGAAACAUGUCAUUUUCUUUUAUUAAAGUGGAUUUCCUUUUUAAGGCAACGGAGAGCUUUUCUGUCGAGGUACAAGAAUAUUAUACAACAUUAAUGCACUUAUUAGGCAGGUAGCUGAGUAGAUUAUCGUGCUUUUUAGAGUUAGAAUAACUGACUGUGAUUUGAAUAAAGUGAGAAAAUGGGCCAGCGGAAAACUCCUCUUAAAGAUAAAAAAAAUAAAUAAACAUGAAUUUUUGUUGCGCUUGCAAGGUACUUUGAUAAACAUCUCAUGCUGGAGGUCAUAAAAGUAACCAAAUGCUAAAUUUACUUAUUUGAUUUCUUAUUAGAUGGGAAUUUUGACACAUUUAGCUCAACUUAGUAGCUAAACUUAUUUUAAUUUAGCAUAAAAGUUACAGCCAACUAGCUUAGCUUUGUGAAACAAAAAUACAUUUUCUCUUUAGUCAUCUUUGUGCUUCACUAAAGUAGGCUCAAACAAUCUAGAUGUCUGUCUUCUCAUCUACAGCAGCAGAAAAUGUUUUCAUUUGGUAAAUAAAUAUAAGUUGCAGUAAUAGAGAAAUUAGUUUUUUGUUUUUUUUUAGCUUAGCAUGAAAAUCCAAGCUAGCUAGCCCAACUUUGGGUGAAAAAAAAGCUUUUUCUUUAUGCUUUUUUAAAACAAACAACAGAAGACCAUAAGCUAAAUAAUGAAACAAAUGAUGUCAACAUUAGUUUUCUGUAGCGAUAUUUAGAAGGCCUCAUCCAGUUAGCAUCUGUUACCUUGCUGCCUAAAGCAACAAAGGAGAUUUUCAUCAAUCCAGGGAUUCAGAGUGAUCAGUAUUUAACCUAUAUGGAUAUGUAUAUAAUUAUAUAAAUGUAUUUGGAGUAUAUUAUUUUUACAUCCUAUAUUUCAAUGGCGUAUUUAAAAAAAACUUCUGAUGACCUUGUAGUGUUGACGGCAGUCGUGUAAAUCUCCCUUUGAGCUACCUGUACACAUCUUAAUGUGCUGGACUAAUGAUACAACACUAGCUGUAAAAUAUAUGAUAAAAUGCUAUUGGUGUUGUUAUUAUGUUGUGUAUAUAUUUGAGCUAAUCUGUGUCUGGUGGACUGAGAUGUGUUCAUGACUUUUGGUGUGUUUUUUAUGGUACUGAACGUUGCAUGGUCAAAAGCUUUACCAACAUAAGCAAGGCUCUGUCUGAUCUGCCAUUGUAUUUCAUAUUUAUGUGUAAAAUAAGACUAUUUUAUAAUGUAUGCUUAUUUGUUUGACCACUUGUUACUUAGAUAAACUGAUGAUGGGAUUGUGUUUUCUUCUAAAGGAUGUAGAGGCGGAGAUUGAUUAAGAUGCACAAGAUUUUUUUUUAUAAAUAUGGUACCAUAGUCAAAAAGUGACUACAUUAUUACCACAUGAUAUCUUCUGGGCCUUCUUAUAAAUUUAUUUGAAUUUUAAGGUCAUUUUUAUAAUUUGAAAGAAGCUUGAACUAAAAAAAAGUAACUUAAGUAUAAGAUCAGUUGUAGCCUUGACCCAUCUGGAGAAAGCAAGUGAGAUGGGGCUAAAAUUUAGCUAAAUCUUAUGAAUUGUUUAAAAAACAGAUAAGUUGUUGUUUCUAUUUUUUAAGUGUGACUUUGUUCAUCUGCCUUAUCAUAAAUAAUUGUCUGUUUCACCGAACAAUAUUUAGAGUCACAGGCAUUUUCCAGAUUUUUUUUUAAAGAAGUUUUGUGUUACAGAAUUUAAAUCUGCUUAUUGUGACAGUCUGUAAUGUAUUAUUUAAAACCCUGUAGUCAUGGACCUUAAUGUUUAGGACAAAUGCAAACAAACUGAAUUUUUCUCUAAGAAGCGGCAAACUCAAAUUUAAAAGUAUGUUUUUCAGUGGAUUUCUUUUAGUUUCAUUUAUCAGUGAACUGCUGAGGGAGUCUGAUGAAAUAUCCUCAGCAAAGUUGUUUUUAAACUAUCUGCCUGCAAAGAGAACAGGAAAAAAAUGCUGAGUAGUAUUCAUAAAACUCAUGGAGGAAGAUUAGUUAAUUUCAUCCAUUUAUUAAAUAUGCAGACCGUACCUUAAAUCCAAGAAACAUUUUAGUGAUGAUAUGAGAUCUAACGGUAAGGUUUAUUACAUUCAGCAUGGUUACAGCACAUUGUUGUUAUAUUUGUUAUUACAAAUAACAUUUGCUUCAUUUUGUUGCAUCACAUUUUCGAUAUAAUCAUUCUUUUCAGUCUCAUCCUCUUUGUCCUUUAGAUGAGAAAGUGCCACACUGAACGCAUCUCUAAACUGAACCGAUAGGCGCUUUGUAUUGAACCCGAAAAACAUGGUCAUAAUAAAGAUAUUAUUUUACAUUCA